UCACUGUAUAUGCUGUGGUUAUCAUGCGGAUGUGGUUGGUUUGUUUCUGACGUGUUGUGUCAAUUAACCUGAAAUAGAUUUGUGAACAGGAAAAGAAAAUAGCGUUACUGUCUUAUAGUAGACGAGAAUCUAAUUAGGAAGUAUAUGAUGAUACUGUUGAGAAAAAUGAAAUAUUUUUAACAAUUUGAAAGAGAAAGACAAAAACAAAAUAAUGGAUAAAGUUUUUAAAUCAAUUUAUGCAAGCCGACCGGCGUUGUAUAAAACUCUAACGAAUGAGCAAGUAUCGAAUAAACUAUCUAUAAAACGAUGUGUACCUACAGUCAAUAGAAUGUUAGCAACACAAGAAUAUUUCACGACUUUUUCUGCUGGUUCCAGGCACUGGUACGGUGACAGUGAAACAAUUUCUAUACUAUCUUCUAAACAUAGUCCUUCUAGCCAACAAAGACGUAACAUGUUUAUUCAGACACAAGAUACACCAAAUCCAAAUAGUUUAAAAUUUAUCCCAGGAGUACCAGUAUUAGGAGAAGGCUGUACAAAAGAUUUUCCAAGUGCAAAAGAUGCAUAUUGCUCGUCACUUGCUAAAAUGUUAUUUCGUAUUGAGGGAGUGAAAGCAAUAUUUUUUGGGCCUGAUUUUAUCACAGUUACAAAACUUGAUGAGGAUGUAGAAUGGAAAUUAUUGAAGCCAGAGAUAUUUGCAACUAUAAUGGAUUUCUUUGCGAGUGGAUUACCAAUCAUGAAUGAGACUUCUCAACCUGCUACAGACACACAAAUUAAUGCAGAUGACGACGAAAUUGUUCAAAUGAUAAAGGAAUUGUUAGAAACACGAAUACGGCCUACAGUGCAAGAAGAUGGUGGUGACAUUGUAUUUAUGGGAUUUGAGGAAGGUAUUGUAAAGUUAAAGAUGCAAGGAUCUUGUACAAAUUGUCCAAGUUCAGCAGUAACAUUAAGAAAUGGUGUUCAAAAUAUGAUGAGAUUUUAUAUACCCGAAGUACUUGGAGUUGUACAAGUAGAAGACGAAACAGACAAGAUAGCAGAAAAAGAAUUCAAAAAAUUUGAGCAAAAAAUAGAAGAAAAGAAUCGAGAUAUAUAAAAUAGAUAUAAUCAUAGUUGUUGGCGAUCUAUAGACGACGAUGCAUCUAUACCUUAUCAUUAUGUAAAUUUAUAUAUAUUCUAGAUGUUCACA